AUGAAGGGUCAAGAUGAUGAGGUGGUCGCAGCUUCGGAAGACUCAUCUCUUCCUCUGGAGUGGAGAUUCUCUCAGGUCUUCGGUGAACGCAGCGCUGGUGAAGAAGUUCAAGAAGUUGAUGUCAUUUCAGCAAUCGAGUUUGAUCAUUCCGGCGACCAUCUUGCUACUGGUGACCGUGGAGGACGCGUUGUUCUUUUCGAGAGAACCCAUGUCACAAAUAGUAGUGGAGGAGCUAGAAGGGAUCUUGAAGACACUGAUUAUCCACUGAGGCACCCGGAGUUCCGUUACAAAACAGAGUUUCAGAGUCAUGACCCUGAGUUUGAUUAUCUCAAGAGUUUGGAGAUAGAGGAGAAGAUAAACAAAAUUAGAUGGUGUCAAACAGCCAAUGGCGCUCUUUUUCUCCUUUCCACAAACGAUAAAACCAUCAAGUAUUGGAAGGUUCAAGACAAGAAAAUCAAGAAAAUUUGUGAAGUAAAUUCAGAUCCUGAAGGGGUUGCAAGCUCGAGUAAUUCAAGCAUUACAACUGCAUGCCGUGGGAACGGAGGAGUUCCUGAAGCCAUCUCAUCGCUGCGGUUGCCAGUGGUAGUAACUAGCCAUGAGUCGAGCCCAGUGGCUAGAUGUCGAAGAGUCUAUUCUCAUGCUCAUGAUUAUCAUAUCAACUCGAUCCCAAAUAAUAGUGACGGCGAAACAUUUAUUUCUGCUGAUGACUUGCGGAUAAAUCUUUGGAAUCUGGAUAUUAGCAAUCAAAGUUUCAAUAUUGUUGAUGUCAAGCCUGAGAAAAUGGAAGAUCUAUCUGCAGAGGUUAUCACAUCAACAGAAUUUCAUCCUACCCAUUGCAAUAUGUUAGCUUAUAGCAGUUCGAAAGGCUCAAUUCGCCUGAUUGAUCUGCGCCAAUCAGCUCUAUGUGAUUCACAUUCCAAAUUGUUUGAGGAACCAGAGGCAGCAGGUCCUAAAUCGUUCUUCACUGAGAUAAUUGCUUCAGUGUCAGACAUCAAAUUUGCGAAAGAAGGAAGAUAUCUCCUUAGCCGUGACUACAUGACACUUAAGUUAUGGGACAUCAACAUGGAUUCAGGUCCGGUCUCAACUUUCCAGGUUCAUGAAUAUCUGAAACCAAAGCUCUGUGAUUUAUAUGAAAAUGAUUCCAUCUUUGACAAGUUCGAGUGUUGUAUAAGUGGCAAUGGACUGCGAGCGGCUACAGGUUCUUACAGCAAUCUAUUCCGUGUUUUUGGUGUUUCCCCGGGAAGUACUGAGACUGCAACCUUAGAAGCAAGCAGAAAUCCGAUGAGGAGACAUGUCCCAGUUCCCUCGAGGCCAUCUAGACUAGGCAGUAUAGCGCGUAUUGUAGGUAGAGGAUCAGAGAGUCAUGGAGUCGAUGGGAAUAGCAAUGCUUUUGAUUACAAAACAAAGUUGCUGCAUCUUGCUUGGCAUCCAAAUGAGAACUCAAUUGCUUGCGCCGCUGGAAAUAGCUUGUACAUGUACUAUGCUUAG